GGAGCCACCCCCCAGGGUUCUCCAGUCGCCAGAGACAGAACCUGGCAUUGGACUAAGCAGCAGAAGUUGGUCGAGGGAGAUGUCUUUGUGUGAGGAGGUGAAGCCUGCUGUGCGGCAACGCAGGGAGAAACUGAGGUGCAGCAAGGAAGAGCUCAACCAGAUGAAUCGAGCCAUCCAGCGACUCUCCGCAGAGUACCGCAACGCCAGGAACCAGAUGGGCAGGCCGGAGUUGACCGGAGCCCAGGCGGAGCAGCAGGGCAAGGCCUCGCUGAGGAAUGCCCACAUCAAGCUGGCUGGGCUGACGGAAGCCCUGCAGAAGGCCAAGCGGGACAUGGCCUCCCUGCUCAAGGAGUACCAGGAAGUCAUAAACUCCACGCUGGGGCUGGACAUCGCGAUGGCCACCUACCAGCUGCUGGAGGAUGAGGAGAGCUUGCAGAGUGAAGACAGUGGUGCUGAGAGCAUCUCCAUGAGCCGUUCCAGAGGCAGGGAAGUCCACAGAGGCCUUCCAUCCUCACUUGGAGUCAGUUCGGGACCAGCAGCGGCUGCGGCUCCAGAGCCCCGUGCGGACCUGGGUCUUGCCGCCGCCCCGGCCGGCGCUGUAGAUGCCCCCCUCGCCUCCCGCCGUCCCCACCCCCUCGGCUGCCCACCCCAGCCCUCCCCCCGUCUGACCCACAGGGCAGCCCUAUCGGACUCCCGCCCCCUCCUCUCUCUGCCUCUGGCAGCCUUGACAGUAAACCACUUUCCCCAUCAAAGUUACCCCAGGUGUCUCACUUGA